AUGAAGCUCUCGUUGCGCCUCGUAGGCGCUCUCGUGGUGGCGUCGUCCACUAGUAGUGCCAGUGCCAAGAAGAACAUGAACGAUGGCGUCUACUACAUUGCCAAUUCGGAAACAUACGACUCUGUCUACAAGUCCGAGUACUUUGAUGUGUACUCUCCUCCCAUUCGGUCCAAGUACAGUGAAGUCUUUUGGACGGGUAUGGAUCCUGUACCAAUCCCACAGAAUAUCGUGGAUCGCUUUCGCAACCAGACCAUGGCCAUUGUGGGCUACGAAGUCGAUCAAGUCCGCGUCGAUUCAGCGACAGGCAAGGAAGUUCCCGUGCCCAUUACACACGCGUACAACCAUCAUUACGUGGCGACCAUGCACAAUUCUAAAAAGGGACGGGUCGUUCAAAAGAAACUGAGUCAAGAAGAACUGGAUGCCAUGGAACCCCAUCAUCGUGCGACCAUGAUGAGUCACGGCAGUGAUCACUUUGUGACAUUUGAAUAUCACAACCAGGACGAUGAAGCGUACGAAUCGGGGGCCGCUACAUCUCCCAUUACAGUCUUUAGCGAAGCCAAUGGCGGAGAAAUGAGAUUGUCCUAUCACGGAUACCCUCACGGAUACGCCCAACUCAUUCACUCUCCCGAUACCUUUCGCGUCACACCCAUGCAAAUUGAUACUUGGAAUCGAGACUACGGGGAGACACCCCAGUUCCAUACGGGUCCCUUGCCCCAAAUAUCGCCCGUCCAUGGCGAUGAGACUGCCAUUUACAGUGGAUUGUUGGAAUGUCCGUGCAGUACGCGUCGGAAAAAAAUCGUGGAACGAAACUACAAAUUGCUAGGACAAGGAGAAGAGUGUCCUGCCGACCAGAAAUCCGUCCAGAAUGCCACGGAAUGUUGGGCCGGAGCACAAUUGGUGGCCCCCACGUCGUCCCGCGUCCAACACAAUACAGGAGACAAGUCCAAACCGUUGGGAUGCAGUUUGGAGCAACGAGAAGAUGGGGUCCUGCAAGUCACCUGGAAUGAACCCAACGACAACGACCUGGACGAAAUCCAUGCCACGUCCAAGUCGGUGGUGGCCUUUGGAACCAACGCCAUUAAUGCUACAGUGACCUUGCACGAAACGCAAGCCACACUCACCCUUGUGGGGCCAGUGGACAAGUGGUUUGGCAUGGGUUUUGGAUCCAAGAAUAUGUGUCGACACAUGGAAGCGGAUGAAUGUGUGGACGGUGGUCCGUAUGCCAUUAUUGUCUACAAUGACACGUACGUCGAAGAACGCUACCUCGACUUUCAUGGCAAAGGAAAAGUGUUGCCGGUCACGCUCCAAGUUGUCUCCAACACCGUUCAGGGAGGAAACCGUACGGUCGUGCUGACGCGUCCGCUUCAAGGACCGGAUGAACGCUACUUUAGUUUUGAUGCGGCCGUACCCAAACUCGAUGUUAUCAUGGCACGGGGGUGCAAUGACACUUUUGCGCAGCACUGCGGACAUGGAACCACUACAUUGCAGUUCAUGACGGUCGACACGCCCAUGCGAGUGUGUCGGGACGGCGUCAGAGGUGAAAUUGAUGGUAGAGGGUUCAACGAACAUCGGUGUGCCAAAUUCCCCACUGGUGUGUUGUUGGAUCAAGGCAAUCCCACCUGUUCCAUUGAAACCUACGUGGGAGGAUUGUCCUGUUGUAUUCACGGCCAUUCUCUAUUGGAUAAAGAUCAAGAGAUUCCGUGGGCAGAUCAAAUUCUAGAGUACCGCAUGAAGUUCCGAUUCUACUUUGAAGAUUACACACCCGCCGCUACAACAAAUGACAUGCCAUCGCAUUUGCAAAUGGCACGCUUUUAUUGGCAGACGGAAGCUUCGGCAGGAGAAUACGAUAUCACACCGUGUCCGCCAGGAACUCCGUCGUCGCAAUGCGUGCAAGUCAUUACAUCGCAAUGGAAGGUGCAAGCGUUGUUGCAAGACACGAAAUGGAGCAACAUGUGGGGCACGGGUCCCAACAGCACCAAGGCAGAAGGAAUCGAACUCAUCAACGCCAUGCCCCAUUGUCAUGCUCCCUCUUGUUUGUCCAUGGAAUUGUACAAUGCAGAUACCGGACAGCUCUUGUGUCAUGUGCAACCCAAACCUGGAAAGUCUACCAAUAAAGUCUAUGACGAACUCGGAUAUCUGGCGAUUCCUCCGUGCUUGUGGUCUCACAAUCCCGACGACGGAUUGAUGGAACCCCCCUUCUUAUCGACCGACACGAACUUGUUGAGCAUCAAGCGCAACAACAAUACUGUGGGACACUUUGGAGAAAUGGCGUCGUGGCAGAUGCGGGGAGUGGUGGUGAUGCAUCGCGAGGACAGCCAGAAAAAGCGCGCCCAAGUGGUGAAUGCGGCGGCCAAAAAGGCGCAAGGUAACGAGAAGGCUGCCGACGGCGCUCGUACGUCGGUGAGGAAGGGAAGGCCUGAAGUUUAG